AAGCAGCUGAAAGGGUUAAUGAGUCAGCAGCUUCCUCUUCUGAACAAAUUGAGCUGAGCGUCACUCUGCGGUCUAACGGACACAAAACGCUCCAAAAACACGCUGCCAACCUGAGACGCUGCAUAGACCAAGACACCACCACUGUCACUGAACAAAGAUUCUGAUCACAUGACCUCCAUGGAUGACAUCAUGGCGGUGUUCACCACCAAGGAGCCGUCCUCCAUCAGCCCGUCUCCCACCACCCUUGAUGACGAGGACUGGGACUAUGACGACCUGUACUGUGACCAGGGCGCAGUGCGGGCAUUUAGGAGUCGCUAUGAGCCACCACUCUUCUGGAUGAUCACGUUGGUGGGUGGAGUCGGGAACCUGGCCGUGGUGUGGAUCUACCUGAACUUCCGCCGGCGGCUGAAGACCAUGACGGACGUAUACCUGUUGAACCUGGCGGUGGCCGACCUGCUGUUCCUGGUCACGCUGCCGCUGUGGGCAUACGAGGCGCUGCACGGCUGGAGCUUUGGCUCCGUCCUCUGCAAGGUGAACUCCGCCCUCUACAAGGUGAACCUGUUCAGCGGCACACUGCUGCUCACCUGCAUCAGCGUCGACCGCUACGUGGUCAUCGUGCAGAGCGCCAAAGCUCGCAACUCGCAGGCGGAGCGCCGUCGCUGCAGCACGCUGGUGUGCGUGGGAGUGUGGCUGCUCGCCUUGCUGCUCGCUGCGCCCGAGCUUGCAUUCGCCACCACGGCGGAGGCGGGCUCGCAGGACUACUGCAGGAUGGUGUUUCCGUCGCACGUGGGGAACCGCACCAAGAUCCUGGCACUAUCGCUGCAGGUCAGCAUGGGCUUCUGCCUGCCCUUCUGCGUCAUGGCGUUCUGUUACAGCGUCAUCGUCGCUACGCUGCUCCGCACACGCAACUUCCAGAAGCACAAGGCCAUGCGUGUCAUCCUGGCCGUGGUUGUGGUCUUUGUGGCGUCCCAGCUGCCUUAUAAUGGCGUGCUGGUGAUGGAGGCCACACAGGCGUCCAGCCUGACCAUGACGGACUGUGAGCAGAUAAAGCGCUUCAACAUGGCAGGCCACGUGCUCAAGAGCCUGGCCUACACGCACGCCUGCCUCAACCCCUUCUUGUACGCCUUCGUAGGCGUGCGUUUCCGCCGCGACCUCCUGCAGCUGCUUAGCGCCUGCCACCACCGGACACCGGCCAAUCACAGCCAGCCGAGCAAGACGUGCCGCAGCCCACUGAGCUCCACCCGCGCCUCCGUCAUGUCGGACAGCGACACCUCACAGGCGCUUUCGCUGUAAAAACCGCGGCUUUAGGAGCCUGACGACAUCAUCCGCCCCUCACCAUGCCCUCAGAAUCUACUUCCUAUGACCAGCAGAGGCUUUUCAAAUUAAAAGGGUUUUCAGAGGUUUUGUUUUUCAAGUUAAAGGCCAAACAGCUGAAGUAUCAAGGAGAUCGGAACUGUCAAGGCCUUCAAUCUUUCACCUUGAAAUCAAGACUUCCAAGACUUUUUCCAGGACUUUUUUCCAGAACUUGUUUUCUCAGGAGCUUUCAAGGACUUUUACUGAAAACAUUCUCCAGGACUUUCUCCAGACCUUCCCAGUACUUAGGACUUGUUUUCCAGGGCUUGUUUUCCAGGACUUGCCUGCACAGUGAAUGUAAAAGUGUUGAUGUUUAGCUGCUGCGGUGUGGGCUGGCUGGUCAUGUGACCUGCGUGUUUACUGUGAAGGAGACAAACAGGUGUGUCUCUCUAAAGGUUUGUCGAUAUUUUUGUGGCUUUGUUUUCGUCGUCUGUAAGGACGUGACCAAGUCCUCUGACAUGUUCAUUAAAGCGUGUGCAAAGCGUG